AUGAAGCUUGAUACUUCGCAUAUGCGGUACCUUACCGCUGACGAUUUCCGUGUCCUUCAAGCUGUGGAGCUUGGGUCGAGAAAUCACGAGCUUGUUCCCACUCAGAUCAUUCACUCUGUGGGAGGCCUCAAGUCUCCUUCUGCUACGAAUAGAUCUCUAGGAGAUCUCGCAAAGUUGAAACUUGUCGCUCGUUUAAGAAAUGCUAAAUACGAUGGUUGGAGACUUAUGCACACAGGGUUCGACUAUUUGGCUCUUAAGUCUAUGUUGAACAGAAACACUCUUUAUUCUGUGGGAACUACCAUCGGUGUUGGUAAAGAAUCUGAUAUUUAUUCCGUGAGUGACCCAGACGGAACCCAAAAAGUUUUGAAAAUCCAUCGUUUGGGUAGAACCUCGUUUAAGACAGUUAAGAACAAUCGUGACUACUUGAAGAACAGAAACACAUCCAAUUGGAUGUACUUGAGUAGGCUCGCUGCUGAAAAGGAAUAUGAGUUUAUGAAUAUUCUUUAUAAUAACGGUUUCAUUGUUCCAAUUCCAUACGAUUACCUGCGUCACUGCGUGUUGAUGGAGUGGAUCCAAGGAUACCCAAUGAAGCACAUGAAGAAAUAUGCCACAUACAAGAAGUUGUAUUCUGAGUUGAUGCAAUUCAUUGUCAAGUUGGCUAACAGUGGAUUGAUUCAUUGUGAUUUCAACGAGUUUAAUAUCAUCAUCAGAAACGAACCAAAGAAUGGAUACGACUUUGUCGUUAUUGAUUUCCCCCAGUGUGUCUCCAUUGAACACCCAGAUGCCAAAUUCUACUUUGAUAGAGAUGUUGAGGGUAUACGAGCAUUCUUUGAAAGAAAGUUCAACUAUGCUCCAGGACAUGAUGCUACCAUGUUUGAUACUGAAGGAUAUGGUGAAGGCUACAAAUACGGCUACCCCAACUUCAUAAGAGAUGUGAAGAGGGAAUCUAAUCUUGAUGAGCAGGUAAAGGCAUCAGGAUGGACCUCAAGCAAAUCUAAAGAGAGCACAGAUCUAGAAGAUGCUGUUCUGGGAAUGAGAGGAUUAGAUUUGGAAGAUGACCAAAACGAAGCAUCCGAAGUUGAAGAAGAAGAAGACGACGACGAUGAAGAUGAUGAGCUCUACGACGAGGACGAGCUUGAAGAAGACGAAGAGGAAGAAGAAGAGGAAGAAACCAACGAAGAUAACGAAAAAAUCAUCAAAGCCAUUUCCGAAGGUAACGCAAACCUCAAAAUGGAUAAGUUGGGAAAUUACAUACUAGACGAAUAG